GCGAGCUGGUACUCGGAGCUCGGACCCCAGCGGUGGUGCACGUCCCCCCAGCACCUCUCGGCUGCACAGGCGGUAUGUCGGCCGGCAGUCUUUGUGGCCGGGAUGUGGGCUGGCGGACGGCGCUGGCCGUGCUGCUACUGUUAGUCCUGCUGCUGGUCGGGCCCAGCGCCGCCUACCCGUCCCGCUACACGAGCAGCCAGCGGGCGCAGCUGGACGCCGCCAAACGGGCCAACUCACGAGGUGCUAUCCGGGUACAACCGAAAGCAGAUCGUUUCUACCUGGGACCGCGCUUCGGAAAACGGUCUGAAGUUCCUGCAGACUAUGGAGAAGUGGCCGAGUCGGGCCCGGUGGAUCUAACUGAGGCCGAACUGACUGAUGCGGACCAGUUCAACUUCCGCUGCUCUCUGGUAGAAGCAGACCGAGUCUACAGAUGUCGUCUAGGUUUGGAGUCUCCGCGACUGCCAGCUGAGUGACGCUGAAAUCAGUCCGUCUCCGCCGGAGACACAGCAGCCUUACCAGGGCAACAAUCAGCCUCCAACAGCCAUUGAGGGGUCAGAGGCCGCGAUCAGAGGUCAGAGGCCGCGGUCAGAGGUCAAACAGAGGUCAGAGGUCGGCAUGGCAGCCAUCUUGGUACACUACGAAACAUACCGACAGAGAUGUCACAGUGCGGCGUGCCCUUGUCAAAAACCGCGGUGUCGGACCUCCGCUCGGCGGGCGACAAGAUACACACAACCCCGAGGCUGGCGUGCGACCAGAAUACCUCCAAACGCUGGUCUCCCGUCUGCCCGCGGGUCACUCGUUACUGUGAAAGGAUAUGUCGGCGAAAUGCGCUCCCUUCGUAACGAUUCUGGACGUUUUCUGGGCGGCUCAGAUACGUUCCUCUCGACUCUGUAGUUACGAUGAUGUUACAGCUGUGGCUAAAUAAUAUACGUUUGAUGAUG